AUGGUUGGAAGCAAGCGCACGAGGAGUAAAACCGCCGCGAUGGCUCAAUCUGUGACGGCCCAAAGCCACUCCACCCACGAUCCCGCGAUCAACAUGGUGGCACCACCACCUCUCGCCACCGUGCCACCUACCGGACCCGCGACCGAAUCUAGCAAUCUUCGUGGCACCGCCGCCGAACAUGGUGGAACCUCCCAUCAAGGUGGUCUCGUUACCACCACCGACUUAGGCCCGGUCUUGGAGCAACUUCAAGCGUUCCCUCCAUUGCCUCCACGCUCGACACACGCUCUCGCGUACACCUCCAGUGAAACCCUAGCCCGUGUGCAAUUGGGCUCCACACGCUUCUCUCCUCCCGAUCCACAAAGUCAAGCAGAUCUCAACCUGAGAGUUGACCAGCUAGCUCAGAGAAUGGACGACCAAAACGCUCUUAUGAGGCAGCUCCUUAAUCAAAUAAGCGUGGCUCAAAAUCUUGGCCUUGGACAACCAGGCGAAGUGAGAAGAAUAGACGAACGCACCGGUGGGCAGCUCAACGGGGACCAAGCGGGUCGAGCAGGAGCGAGCAGACAAGGGGAUGCACAACCACGUGAUCAGCUUGCCGACAUGUCGCAAGCAUCUGCAAGCCACACACAAAGCAACGUGCGAGAAAGGCUCGGCCCACGACUUGACGUCCGUGCUCUCCUGGGCCCGCAAGGGAAUAGAAAUAUUCACGAAAGGCUAGGCCCCCAGGGAGGUCAACCCGCUAACCCUCGCAAUGAGGAUCGUGAAGAGAAGCACUCCAUUGCCCGCUCUCAGAGAACCAACUCUCGCCGUCAAGCUGCAGAAAAUCCCUCGCAAUCGCAGUCCACCAACACGCCUCCUAGGCAGCGCGGACGAGAGGACCGACCCUUGCAGACCAACGAAGAGGUCAAUCAGCGUCGCCCGAAUCGCAAAAGUCGCCAACGUGAUCGACCAGCACUGCGCGCGGAAGACGUUGAGAAGCUUGUGAAUGACCGACUUCGAGACUUGAAGACUGGCGGGAACUUCGAGGAUGCACUACGUAAGGAGAUGGACCAGGCGAUCUCUACUCCUUUCACCCCUGAAAUCGAGCAGGCUGGUCCCCCGAAGCGAUUCUCAACGCCUUCUUUUACGCAUUUCAAGGGAGAUUCCGAUCCCGAGAGCCACCUAAAACACUUCAAAAGUGUCAUGAUCCUCCACAAGGCCGACGACGCAUUGAUGUGCAAGGCGUUUGCAAUGACAUUGCGAGGAGCAGCUCAGGACUGGUUCCACACCCUGCCAUCUGGGUCGAUCAACAGCUUCAAGGAGCUUGCUUAUGUCUUCACUAAAGAAUACACUUCUUAUCGGUCAAUCAAGAAGAAUCCUGACCAUCUAUUCAACCUGCACAAGAAGUCCAAUGAAUCCCUGCGAGACUACAUCAAGAGGUUCAAGGCGGAGAGGGCAAACACUGUAGGAUGUGAUGACCAAAUUGCGUUCUCUGCCUUCAAGAGGGGGUUGCCAACUGAAUGUGAGUUGUAUCGCGAGCUGACCAUCUAUCCUCGCCAAACACUAGUAGAAGUCUUUGCUAUAGCAGAGCGCUACGCAUUAUGGGACGACGACCAGAUCGCCAUGAAGAAGGCUGAUCAAGUAGCUGAGCAGGCAAGCCAAGAGAACGGCAAGCGCAAAUCACAGCCUCAGGAAGGUGCUUCAGCAGCGGAGAGCUACACCAAGUUCACUAUCCCGAUACACCAGAUCCUGGCCCAAGUAAAAGACAUGCCUUGGUUGAAGAAACCAUCGCCUUUAAAGGGAAACCCAACCAAGAAUGAUACCAGUAGAUACUGCACAUUCCAUGAAGGGCAUCGUCAUUACACAAACGACUGCUUCGCCUGGAAAAGGCACCUUGAAGAUCUAGUCAGAGACGGCCAUUGCACGGAGAUGGCAAGGAGGGCUAUCCAGCAAAUCAAGGAUUGUGACCCCGCUAACGAUGAACCUCCACGAAAAAGGUCAUAUGGAUCAACACGAUCCUAG